GCACGACACACAGAUUUUAGUGACGAGAAUAGGAAAAUGGAGGAUAGUAAAUACGAAUAGGCUGUACACAUAUUCCAUAUUUGGUACCUUAGAAAAAGUCCGAGAGAUCGGAGAUUUGCGAAAAAUAAAACCCAAGCCACACGCAGAGACAUCUUGCCGUGGGCAUAUUCUCGACGAGAUUCGGAAAAGAGUCGGUUAUUCUCUACUCGUCUAGGGGCCUGUAGUUUGAAAAAGCCCAGGUCUGCAAUCAAAGACAGACUGCUGUUACCAGGCGCGUGAAGCACAAUCUCAAGGCUGUCGUAGACCGACAGUUCAGCUGGUGCGGUGUUGUGUUGUAAUUGUGCAGCAUUGCAUGGUAGUUUGUGGGUGUUAGUGUGCGCGUGUUUGUGAGCAUGCCCCCGUUAUGGAGGGGGAUGAGGAUGUUUUGGUGAGGUGCUUGCAAAGAGGAUGUAUGAUUGGAGAUGGUGGUGGAGUGGAAUUGGAAGGGGCAGGAGCCAUGGCCUCAGGCCCAUGGAAUUUGUAUGACCUCGGGGAUGACGCCCUAAGCUACGUAUUGUCCUUCCUCUCGCCUGUGGAUAUUGCAUCCUGUAGUCGCGUAAGCCAGCGGUUGCGUCGUCUUUGCAGGGAUGAGGAUAAGAUAUGGUAUCCGAUGUGCGAACGGCGAUUCGGGGGUGUCACAAACGUCCACGAGUGGUGGGGUCGUGGACGCAUAUCAUACAAGGUAGUUCACUCCGUCUUGUCUCACUUCGGAAACCUCGUUGGCUUUUGGAGAGGAGUGGGCAACGGAUGCCAUGGAUCUCUCGUUGUGUUUGAGUGGCACUCAUUCAAAAUUGUGGGUUACCGAGUAGUACCUGCGCGACUAGGUUCCUACAAAGUUCGCAAAGUGCCGUUCAUGGAAAUAGGGUGGAUUGGAGUGUCGCACAAGGAAAUGCCUGCCUGCCUGCUGGAUCCCGAUUGGGCGCAGCUAGUUCCUGAGAUCCUCGGCGUGGACGGAAAUGGUAGGAAUGAGGCGAGUGAGCCGCAUUUGUCACAACCUCUGCAGAUACCUGUUUCCCCCAAAUCUGCAGCAAGGAAAAAUGCUUGUUCUUCAUCAGGAAGAGUGAGCCCUUUCGAGGCACUUGGGUUAGACUGGACUCUUGAGGAUCCUACUCCUGCUGGCCUGGUUGUUGUGGACCUCCACUUCGUAGGAAGUGAACACGUUGUCCUGGAAGAAUAUCAACAGGCUGUUUUUAAUGGCUAUCCCUUUUCGGGUAGAAAAACUCUGGUAGAGGCAGCAGCUUUGGCCUCCUUCGGAUCCAGUGAAAAUCUCUGCCCAACGGGAGGAAGUCCUGGACACCUUAGCCCAGCAAGCUCUGGUGGUGGCUCAGAGGCAGGCAAAAGCCCCCCCGGUAGCUUCCCUUAUGAGAUGUACCAUUAUCUGGCUAAGAAGGUAACCAGUCCCGGUGGAGAGCGGGCUGCUCGUAAGCAGAGAAGGAGAGAUCGAGAGCGUGCAUUGAAUCAAGGCAGGCAUCGUUACGAACCUGAGCAUUUCGUAAAAAUCCCUCACUUCUGUCCAACUACAGAGCAACCUCUUCAGGGUCUUUGGAAGGGUAUCGGCCGCGGUAAAGGACUAGACUUCGUCGUCCUCUCCUACGAUGAUCAUGGAAGCAUCGUUUGCCGAAAGGUGGGUGACUCGUCAGGGAUGACACGUAGUGGCUCUAUUUGCUGGACUGCAAAAGCAGGGCAUGGGAUUUCUGGACCGUUGCCGGACACAGAACGAGAAGUAUUUGAGUUUAGACAACACAUACUUCCGUCUCCUCGUGAACUUAGAGCCCAGAAUGGGUGUCUCACAGUUGAUGACUCGUUAAACGAGGAAGUUGUGGAACUGCUUUGGGCAACCGUGGAUGAUCAACCUGGAUUGAACUACAAUGUUGGCGCGGGGGGCGUAACUCAGAGCCGGGUAUGGCAGUACGCUAGUGGGAGGUUUGGCUUCGCCAGUGGUUCAGAAGAUCGCAUUAUUGAUUUCAGACCAAUUUGUGUCCAAGACAAUUUAGCUGAUCUAGUGUAACUUGGGUCGGGUUGAAUUGACUCUUAGCAGUAGUAGCACCAAAUACUCGCGCAGUACUUGGUUAAGCAGUUCGAUUCCGGAGAGGCGCCUAGCAAAUAAUCGUUUGCAAUGUAGCAUAAUUGAAUUACCAUCGGAGGCAGCGGAGACUGCUGGAAUCCCAUUAAUUUUAGAGGUACGUAACCAAAUUGAUCUUUCAA